UUUCUGCCUAUCCCAGCGUGCUUUGCGUUUUGCCGCGUUUCCUUCGGAAACAGUCCUUCGUCGCGUCCUGAAGAGAGCGAGCGGCUGUCAGAGCUCGGAUUCGCUAGGGCAGCGGCGCGGACUACAUUUCCCAGCAUGCCCCACAGCGGGCAAGCUGGGAAACUACAUUUCCCGGCAUGCUCCCACAGAGACAAAACCAGAAACUACAUUUCCCAGCAUGCCUCGCCCUGGGGAGUUGCUGCUCUGGGCCAGGGUGUUCAGUGCAACAGCGUGGCCUUUGGGCGGCAACUUUCUAGCGGCUACGCUCGGGGUUUGUACCUGCUGCCUUAGCCUGGCUGCGGCUGAACAUGUCCGGGCAUUUCUCUGACAUAAGUGGCAAGAAAGAACAUGUUAAAAUCACAAGUGAGCCCAAGCCAGGGUUUCUGGAGCGACUCAGUGAAACUUCUGGAGGGAUGCUAAUUGGGCUCUCAGCAUUUUGUCUCUCUUUUUACCUUCUUUUUACCAAUGAGGGACGAGCCUUGAAGACAGCCACUUCCCUCGAUGAGGGGCUUUCUCUUGUAGUCUCUCUUGACAAUAUUUUCAGCAUGUCUCAACAGAAUGAGGGAAAACUAGUGCACUUGUCAGGUGCCCUUAAAACAUCAAAGCCCUUGUUUGAUCCCAGCUAUGGGCUUUCCAUCCGGGCUGUCAAACUGAAACGUCAGGUGGAAAUGUACCAGUGGGUAGAAUAUGAAGACUCCAAAGAAUAUGAGGAGAAUGGUGAAGUUAAGAAAGAAACAAGAUAUUCGUAUAACACUGAAUGGAAAUCAGAAGUUGUUAACAGCAGAAAUUUUGAUCGAGAGAUUGGCCAUAAAAACCCCAGUGCCAUGGCUGUGGAAUCUUUCACUGCAAUUGCCCCUGAUGUCCAGGUGGGAAGUUUCUUUCUUUCAAAAGGUCUUAUUGAAAAAAUUGACAGUUUUAAGCAGAUGAGCUUGUCGAAACUGGAGGAUCCACAUGCUGACAUUACUCGAAGAGGAGAUUACUUUUAUCACAGCGAGAAUCCCGGGCGUCCAGAAGUGGGAGAUCUUCGUGUUUCAUUCUUCUAUGCUGGUCUGAGCGGAGACAAAUCCCACCUGGGCCCAGCAGACAUGGUGACUGUGAUUGCCCGUCAGCGAGGGGACCAGUUGGUUUUGUACCAAACCAAGUCUGGAGACAGCCUGCAGAUUCUUUAUCCUGGCGAUCUGUCUGCUGAGGAGGUGUUUCAAAAAGAGCAUGAGAGUAACACCAUGAAGACCUGGGGUCUCCGUGCAGCUGGCUGGCUGGCUAUGUUUGUAGGCAUCAACCUUAUGACCAGAAUCCUUUACACUUUGGUGGAUUGGUUUCCUGUUGUUCGAGAUCUGGUUAAUAUUGGACUUAAAGCUUUUGCUUUUUGUAUAGCCACCUCACUAUCCCUGCUAACUAUUUCUGUGGGCUGGUUCUUUUACCGCCCCCUCUGGGCUCUCCUGAUUGGGCUGCUGUCUGCGGUUCCUAUUGUGAUUGCAAGAUCCCGGGUUCCACCAAAGAAGCAUCAGUGAAGGUGGAAGAAUUCCUUUUUUCCUUGCACUUGGACUUUGUUUUUAAAUCCUUUGAAUCCUAAAUGCAUUUAUCAUGUAUCAAGCUAUUAUAUGUAAGGCACAUCACAGUUCAGAAUUUUGACUCCCUGCAUCAGAGUUUAGUAGGAAACCAAGAUGCAUUUUUUGUAUGCUUAUUACACCUCAAUGGGAAAAUGUAACUGUAGAGGCUGCAUUUUGGGGUGAGUGAUAUUCUGUGUAUUUACAGGAUACAUUUGUUACUUACAACUAUUUGCCAAUCUUUAAUUAUUAAAACAGUAAUGGUGUAUGCUAUCUACAGGGGAACAAGAACAGAUUUCCUUAUGCAAUCUGUGAUGUGCAAUAUCUAGCAGAUUGGCAGGCACACAAUCUCAUGUAACUACUUCCUUUAUUGUCUUAUGUACACAGAGGAAUAUACUUAAUGUUGACAAUGUUUUGAAGUGUUUAUAGACAAAAUGCUACUUGCAUGUGAGUGAAAGCUGUGCUAGACAUUUGUUUUUGGUAGUUAGAAAAUCAGGUAAUAUAUAUAUAUAUGGUUUUUCAAAAGUAAUUAGUGAUUUUUGGCUGCUCAGCCUUUUAAAGGGGAUGCUGCAAGAGAUGAGACUUCACUUACUCAGAAUCAGAACCCUUGAAGCGGUUUCAUUUGGACACCCAGAAUUGCUAGCAUGUCUACCUUGUUUUCUAAAACUUAAACUUAUUUCAAAUUCCACUUGCUUAAAGGUGUAAUCUUAACAUAUUGAAACUAAGAACUGAUGUAGUCUGUAAAACAAGUGUAAACUGUAGUUAAAUGAAAAUAUUAGUGUUUCCUCAUUGUAUUAAUUUCACUUAGUUUGGCUAAUGAAAAAUUCUCAGUUGGUUUCUUAUGCACUCAAUCUGUAGUGCUUGGAUUUAAACAGUCUACUGCAGUGUUUGCAACUGCCUCAUACUUAAUACCUUAAGUGAAAUUAAAUCAUUUAAAAAAUAUUUGCACCUUAAGAGUCUUUCAGCCUGCCUUUUUCUGUGCUUCCACUUUGGAUGUUUAAGAAAACCUCUGUCCGUGCACAAAGCAGCAAUGUGGUAGCUCACUGACCACGAUAUGGAGAAGGCUGAGUUUUCAAAAUCUUGUCCCUUGAAGUCCAGUUAAGAACUUGAAGAAAACAUCCUUUCCCUUGUUACACUAUUAUACUUGAAUAUAUUUAAUGGAUGAUGGGGCUUCGCUUGCUCAGGAUCUUAGUGUUAAAAAGGAGAAAGUACACCAAAGCUGAGGCAUGAAGAAGGUAUAGUCCUCAUCUAAGGAAUCAAAACAUGGGAUUUUAAAAUCAGUUACUUGUAGGUACCAGGUGUAUUAGCAUUAGUAAUAUAACAGGCCAAGGACCAUUUAAAUGAUGAAUACAAGAUGAGAUUCCAAGGCUUUAAUGAGGGGGCAAUUUUCUAUGCAGUUGUUAAUGUCUUGAUUGUUGACCUGGUUAUUGUCGUCUUGUAAUCUACAUUUCCUCCAAUUCUUUUUGCACAAAAUAUAAUGGCUUAUAAAAUGUAACAUGGGGCAGAUGCUGCUACUUGAAUGAACAAUAAUCAGUGUCAGGCAACAUUUUUAUUCCUGUGGGUGUUCAGCCAUUAGCAGUUCGUUUUCAAGGCUCUAGGACCCUAUUCUGCCCCAAUGGUCAGUGGGAUCAGGCUUUUGGUCAUGUUGCCUGGACAUGCAAAUUGUCAAUUGAAAGAUUUAUGAAGUGUUUUGCUACAUAAUUUGUGCAUCAAAUUGUGUUUUUGGGGAACUGGUACUUUUCAAACAGACCCCAGCUAUCAUUCAGCUAUUGUACAAUGGAGAUAUGAAAGUUUUCUAUGGAAGUGCUGAACUUGUGUAUAUUAAAAGUUUCUCACAUGA